AUGUAUUGCUUUCGUCGAACACGUAUCAUCGAAACCAAACAUGAACACGGAGAGGCGGCGGCGCGGGCAAUUGCAGCACAUGCCGACGACUCGAACGCCCACGAAUACUACGAUGCGGUCGGCGUCGGUGACAUCGAUAUUCAGUCCUACAUACUAGGCAGAGAGAGGAUGAGUCGGCGAGAAGCAAGAAAGAUGUUUGAGCAGGCAGCUCAGACAGGAUACGUACAGCACGAGAACUACGAGAUCACGCUUCGCGCUGAGGUCGAAGAGCGGUUUCGCGAACGCGAGCGAGCAGACUCCAAGUUAGUCGAGAUAGUCCAAUCCUUCAAGACAACGAUCGACGACAUGCGCGAGUUUCUGAUACGGAAACAGCGGCGAUGA